GGCAGACGGCUCCUCCCCGCUCCCUCCUGUCUGCUCGGCAAAGCAGAGGUUUGGACACAACUCUGCCUCUCCGCGUUCCUCUCCACAGGCUGGUCUGCGUGCGCCGGAGACGUAGUCGACUUAUCCACUUUGAAUAAACAAGGACUCCGUUCCUGCCUGGUGUCUGCUUUCCAAUGAAUCAGUGAUGAGAGUGGCCGAGAGGAGAGACGGACGCUUCUCUUCUUUGUGGACCGGCGGUGCGCAAAAGUGCGCUCCGUGGCUCGGCGUCGUCUUCAUCCUCCGCUCCUGAGAUCAGCCUAAACCCAAGAGGCGCACUGAGAUCCUCAUCGAAGCCCCCCGUGCGAGAUGUGCUGUGGACUGCAGAUGAUUUUCCCUCUUCCAGUUCAAAUUCAGUGGCCAACAAAGACUGCAUUUCUUACAGCUCUUGUUAACACUGAGCUCAGAAAGGCAAAUCAGGUCCACAGCUAAACCACUGUGUCUGUACUUCUGUCUGUUGGCCAAUCUCCACUCUUCAGUCCAUCACCAUGACUUGCUUUCUGGCAUCAGCCUUCCUUCUGGUUCUCCAGACAUAUGCUGCCCCACCAGAGUUUGUCCAGGCAGGGUUUGAUAUAUCACUUGACCCCUUGGACCUUGACCCUGGACUACCAGCUAAUGUGUCAGGAGAUGUAACCUCUUCUCCGCCACCCGGAACUAGCAAGCGAGCCCCACACAGUAUCAUUAUUGGGGUACGCAAAGGAGGCACACGAGCGCUGUUGGAGAUGCUGGACAUACACCCUGAGGUUGCUGCUGCUGCCACCGAGGUGCACUUCUUUGACUGGGAUGAGAACUAUGCCAAGGGCUUUGAGUGGUACCGUGAGUUGAUGCCCUACUCUUACCCACACCAGAUCACAGUAGAGAAAACGCCGGGCUACUUCACAUCAGCCCUCGCACCAGAACGCAUCUGUGCCAUGAACUCAUCCAUAAAGCUGCUGCUGAUCUUACGAGACCCAGCAGAGCGGGUCAUCUCCGACUAUACCCAGGUGUACUUCAACCGGCUGGAGAACCACAAGCCAGUGCAAGCCAUUGAGAACCUGCUAGUACGCAAUGGAGCCCUGAAUAUCCGGUACAAGGCCAUUCAGAGGAGCCUGUAUGACGUCCAUAUGCGUAACUGGCUCCGCCACUUCCCGUUGGAACAGAUACACAUAGUGGAUGGAGAUGCUCUGAUCCGUGACCCCCUCCCAGAGCUUCAGAAGGUGGAGCGCUUCCUAAACUUGCCUCCCAGGAUAGUAUCCUCCAACUUCUACUUCAACCAGACCAAGGGGUUUUACUGUAUCCGAAGUGAUGGACGAGAACGCUGUCUGCACGAGUCUAAGGGACGUCCUCACCCUGCCGUCAACAGCACUGUCCUCCAGCAGCUCCGCUCCUACCUACAGGAACACAACCGGACCUUCUUCAGGCUUGUGAAGCGCACCUUCGAUUGGCAAUAAAAAUGAACCCAGAUCACAAACUGGACUCAACAGAGCCACUACCUUUUCUGUGAUGAGGACUUAAAGGGGGACUAUAAAGCACUUUACAGACCUUGAACAAAAACCCUUUGAAUAGCCUCUUAAUAACUACUGUUGUGAUCUCUGGUUUCAGCAAAGCAGUUCUAUAUUUACAUGAUAAGGCAAAAAGAAAAUAUGGGAAACUGUAACUAGAGGCCUAAGAUUAAAUGGAAGAACCUCUAAGCUUAAUAAGUCAUUCUCUUUGUGCUGGAAGCGUUUAAGUGGUCAAAUUGCAGCGGAAACAAGCUUAUGAAACUGAUCAACUUUUUUCCCCCUCUCUCUUGUUUGAUAUUCUUGUUCUUGAUAAUAAAUUGUUCUGCUUUCAAAUGUACAAGACAAGUGGCAUGUUUCUAUCUCUCUCCAUUUCAUUCUGGCCAUCAAAAGCCCGUGAGCCCUCUAACCUGUGUUAUUUAGGGAGUACACUGAGGUAGGCAGAGGCAUUAGAAUAAGCCUUUGAUUUGCUGUGGUAGAAGGUAGACAUUAAUGCAAGGAAAUGGGUACCCUGGAGCAGCGCUUUAGUAGUACAGGAAUCACUAAUAGCUUUGGACAUUGAAGGUAGCCUGUGCCUGCAGCUAAAUCAGUCAAAUCUCCAUAGUCAGCAAGCUCAAAUCCACGGAGCUUCUGUUGCAUUUUGCCGCCGCACUGUUCAACAAUUUGCUCAGGUGUUAAAUGUAGUCAUUAAAUUAUAUGCCUAACAGUGCUGCAAAUCAUUUACAAAUGAUACAGUAUCUGUGUAGAUGCUUGCUCUACAUAUGAUCUCUUUCCUGAAUCAUCCACAGCAUGCAGUGUUCCCAGAAACGGCUUGUCGGCCUGUACACAACAGAUAGACAUGGGUCACAUUUCUUCCAUUGAUUAGGCUUUAAACAGCAGCCAAAGCUAAAGCUCCGCUGGGAUCUGAUAUUCAUGUGAUCUCCCCGCUCUGUCUGCUGGAAUAAGCACUACAACCCUCCUGAGGCUGUCACUGAUGCUACGCUGGCUAUAUAUCCAGAACAGAACAUGGGAGGAGGGUAUAAAGCUGUGGGCUAUAUAGAAAUAUGCUGAAUGAGUAGUGUAGUUCAUGGGUGAUUUGGGGUUCUGAAUUAUAAUUAAACCAGAAAAUUACGAGUGUAGACAAAUUUAGUUUGAUGACAAAGUUAGUGCUAAAUUAAAUCACUCUUAAUUAAUUCGGCUGAGGGACUUUUCUCCCUUCCGCUCACCAGGGGGCACCUGGACCCCAGAGUAACUCCUGAGGGCUUGGUGUGAGUUAAUGUGUCUAGACAUGCCCUUUCUAGCAUCCCUUCUGACAGGGCAGGCACAGGUGAAGAGCCUGUGACAGUUACCCUGUGACCCUGUAACCCUGGACGCCAGCUGUCUGCUCCAGUAUGUAUCACCCAGACACUCAUCUGGAAGAUAACGUACUGUCCUACGGCACAGGCAGCCUCGCACACCGACACAUAAACACACACAUUACCGAUCAUUCCCAAGGUGUUACACUGGCGCAGCACUGUGUUUCCAUUAAGCAGGUGGGCAGGAAGGACAAAAGGGCAUGUUUUGCUUACAAUAUGAGUACACGCUGAACAAAUUCCCAUUUAUAGCCUUUAUUUGUUUGAGCCAAAGUUGACUGAGUGCGCUUGCUGGGAGCUGCAUAGUGCAUCUGUAGCUGUCUGAUCCUGGACUCCGAGGAGCUGCAGCUGAGCAAUGGCUUGUUUAAGAAUAGGGAUAUUUUUAUCAGGAAAUCCCCUGAUGUUUUUUUUAUCAUUGCAACAAAUGCAACAUCAUAACUCUUUUAUGGAAUUCUAUAGCAGUUAGCAUUUAUACAGUAAGCUAUGUCUAGCCUUGAGUACACAGACGUUUUUGUAGGAUACUCCAGUGUUGGUUUUGGUGUGUUCCUGGGAUUUGUAGAUGAUAAUAAAACUGUGAAAUAAU